CGCUGCCAUUGUGUCAUUGUGUCUUGUGUGUGCAGCAUUUUCUGCUUUUGUUUCUCUUGUUCAAAAUAUUUCGAUUUUUCAGAGUAUUAAGUAAAUUGUUCAAAGUAUUGCAAAAUGGCAUCCACCAGUGCCGAUUCGCAGUCAUCAAUCGCCCAAAAAACAUGGGUUAUGUCCAAUAAUAUAGAAUCCGUAUCCAGUGUGGACGAAAUUUAUCGUUACGACAAAAAGCAACAACAAGACAUUCUAGCUGCUAAACCAUGGGAAAAAGAUCCACAUUUCUUCAAAGAUAUCAAAAUAUCUGCAUUGGCUCUGCUCAAAAUGGUGAUGCAUGCGAGAUCAGGAGGAACUUUGGAAGUCAUGGGAUUACUUUUAGGAAAAGUUGAUGCAAACACUAUGAUAGUGAUGGACUCGUUUGCCCUGCCAGUGGAAGGUACAGAGACCCGCGUGAAUGCUCAAGCACAGGCCUAUGAGUACAUGACUGCUUAUAUUGAAGCUGCCAAACAGGUGGGCCGCCAUGAGAAUGCCAUUGGUUGGUAUCACAGUCACCCUGGCUAUGGUUGCUGGUUGUCAGGCAUUGACGUCUCCACUCAGAUGCUGAACCAGAACUUCCAGGAACCGUUUGUUGCUAUCGUCAUUGACCCAGUCAGAACUAUCUCGGCUGGCAAAGUGUGCCUUGGUGCUUUUAGGACAUAUCCUAAGGGUUACAAACCAGCAAACGAAGAGCCUUCAGAAUACCAGACCAUUCCCCUCAACAAAAUUGAGGACUUUGGCGUCCACUGCAAGCAGUACUACUCACUAGAGGUGUCAUACUUCAAGUCCUCACUGGACCGCAGACUACUGGAUUCUCUGUGGAACAAGUACUGGGUGAACACGCUGAGUAGCUCCAGUCUAAUCACAAAUGCGGAUUAUACUACCGGACAGAUAUUUGACUUGUCUGACAAGUUGGAGCAGAGUGAAGUUUGUCUUGGUCGAGGAGGCUUUAUAGUAGCCGGCGCAGAUCCUCACGAGAAGCGAACUGAAGACAAACUCGGCAAGGCUACCAAGGAUGCUUGCAAGACUACCAUAGAAGUGAUCCAUGGUCUGAUGGCACAGAUGAUCAAGGAUCGGUUGUUCAACAGCGUGAGCGGACGACCCGCACCCGCGACUCCUAUGAUUGAAUAAGGACCAGUGUAUAGCCCCAUGUAUUUUAAUCUAAUAAGAUAAUAAAUGUCUCAGUGAUUUAUGAAUGUCCAA